AUGGCGACCAUGGCAGCUGCUGCUUGCGAUAUCCACCAGGCCUCCAACAUGAGCCGAGACAACUUAGCUGUUGUAGCGGCCAGGAGUGUCCCUGCGACGACUGUGACACGAUCUCAAGCUCUCCCCACCCCUCCCAACUCCAUCUCUCCCGCCCUGCCGCCUCACGGCCUCAAGGCCCAGCUCCAGAAGGCCAGGCUUGACCCCAUCGACUCGGAUUUGGACCUGCACGACGACCCCACCGGCCGCAGGCGCGAAGCGUCGCAGUCGCCGCCGUACGACGCCACCGGGGCUAUCAGCACUACCCUGCUGGCCAAGCACCAUCUCCCCGAGAUCCUCCUCAACCACGGCCCUUUGGCCAUCCGCCACAUCAUGGGCUAUCUGACGACCUCGGUGCCUGGCUUUGCCGGCAUCCCCCCGACGAAGGCGCGUCGCUUGGUCGUCGGUGCUCUGGAGGGUCGCGGAGGCGAGGGCGGUGGUCCGGACGGCGACGUUGAGUUUGAGAAGGUGGGCUGGGGACGUUGGGACGCCCGACGACGCGGUCAACCCCCGCGAGGGUCGACACCCCCCACCGACUAUCGAUCCGGCAUCCCCAUCAGCAAAACCCCCGGACGCGGCAUCGACAGAUCUCGCCUCAACCUCUCCUCCUCCAGCGCCGGCGACUCCAUCGUCUUCUCUCACGACGAUCGCGACAUAAUGAUGAUGGAGAAUGAGGCGGACAAGAUGUCCCUGGACGGCUCGGCCUCCGCCUCAUGCUCUGAGGCUCCGGAUGACGACGACAUGGCCAUGGACGACGACCCCGAGGAUGCCACCGACGACGAAGACUGGGCCGCCGUGGGAGCCGCCGCUCUCCGUGCCGAGUCCUACAACACGGCCGGCGCGACUGCUCCAUCUGCCGGACGCAGCUUCCUCUCCCCUGGUGUGUAUACCUCUGGAGGUAUGCGCACAGUUUCUACGGGCAUGGCCCGCUCCCUUCAGCCUCUGCCCUUCGACUUCUCGGCGCUUCGGGCCCCGUCUGACGCACAAGAGCGCGAGGCGGUGGAGGCUCUCCUGCGACUGGGUUCUGUAUAA